AUGGAAUCGCCAAAGAGGGUACUCGUUACGGGCGGAAGCGGUUUCUUGGGAGGACAUGUAGUCCGACAACUUCUCAAGGAUGCAGUAACGACUGUCGCUGUCGUCAGCCGUCAUCCCAAGAUGCCAGCUGAUGUUGCUGACGAGUCUCACGUCUCGCUUCAAGCAGCCGACUUGAUAGUACCGAGCCAGAUUGAACAGGUCUUUGAGACGUUUAAGCCACACGCUGUCAUUCAUACAGCUUCACCGCCUUAUCUCGACACACCUGCGAACCUGAUGAAGGCAAACAUCGAUGGGACAAAAGCACUACUAAAAGCUGCCUCAGCGUGUGCCGAUACUGACGUAUUUGUCUUUACGUCCUCUGAUUCAGCCGUUCUACCCACGCAAGAACCUCUGUCAGAAGAAAACGCUGUUCUGUAUGAUGAGACGAAUGCUCCAAACGCUUAUGCAAUGUCAAAGGCCACGGCUGAACGACUCGUCAUUGCUUCAAAUUCAGAACUGCUUCGGACUGCAGCUAUACGAAUACCGGCCACUUAUGGCGAGUACGACACGAAUUUCGUGCCUCAACUCGUGCAAAGCAUUCGAAGGAAAGAGCACAAAAUGCAAGUUGGCAAUGAUACAAAAGUGUUUGAGUUCUUGUACGUCAAGAAAGCAGCCGAGGCACACAUCCUCGCCAUGAAAGCCCUUCUUGACCUAGAGACGCGGGACAAGGCUGGCGGUGAGGCAUUCUUCAUCUCAGAUGGGAAACCACAGAGGUUCUUUGACUUCUCUCGGAAGUUUUAUGCUUCAGCUGGACAUCCCGUUGCAUUGGAGGAGGUCACAAAGAUUCCGUUCUUUGUGAUGCAGGCGAUGGCAUCAACGGCUGAAUGGGUUUACUGGGUCCUGACCUUGGGAUAUGUCAAACCUGGUAUGCGAAGGACUGCUAUUGAUCAUCUGGACUCUGGGUGCUGUUGGUCUCUGGAUAAAGCGAAGAGGAUACUGGGAUAUGAGCCUGUUGCGGAUCAGGAUGAGGCUAUUAGGAAAACUAUGGAGUGGGCAAUGAAAACUUUGUAA